AUGAGAGAGCUAGGUAGGAUGUUCCGGACAUAUUGUCACCAAAAACACUCGAUGUGGCCCCAGUAUGUUCCAUAUAUCGAAUGGACACUCAACAACGUACGUCAUGAGUCCACCCACCAUUCUCCCUCUACACUUUUCUUAAAAAAUUCAAAACACAACCCGUUAAUGCAAUUCAUACAAUUCCCCCACAGCGAUCCCCCUCUCGAGUACAAUAAACAGUUAACCCUAGCCCUAGAAGUUCAACUAACAAAAGCAGAAUCCCGUCAAAAAAGUCAAAUGUCAAAAUUAAACCCCACUCAUUUCAAGAUAGGCGAUCUCGUACUAGUCCGUACGCAUAUGCUCAGUAAUCAAAUAGACAAAAAAAUAUCAAAAUUCUUUCUCCUCUACAAUGGCCCUUUCAAAAUAAAAAACGUCAAAACUAUUAACGCAUAUGAACUUGUACACCCUGAUGAUGAUACACCCAAAGGUACCCACAAUAUUGUACACCUUAAACCUUAUGUACCACCUACCAUGUAG